ACAAAGAUAAGUCAAAAAGAAAACGUUAAAAUGGAGAGUUAUGAUAUAGAAGAAGUUUUAAAAAAUAUAUUUGAUUGUAAUGAAACAAACUGGAAACCAGCUGACAAAAUACCCCUUCUAACCAAAGAAAUAGAACUGUUAAAAAUAGAUUUAAAAUCUUAUUUGGAAACUUGUGAGUAUAAUGUAGAUUCAGUUUUGGAGGAGAGUAAAAUAUUGUUUGUGGAUAGUAAAGCCGUUGUUGAUGAACUUGAAAAAUGCAAGAAGGAAAUAGAAGAGCACACAAUGGCAGAAGUGCUCAAAUCCAUCGAAACCCAUGACCAGAUCACUAAAGAGUUGCAGCAUGUUAAUUUUGCACUGAACAUUGUGUAUGAUGUUGGACAGUGUGGUAAACUUGUGAAGCAAUUUGAAGAAGGAAGACAGGCACAAAGUUACACACGUGCUGUGGAGGCUGUGUAUGAUUUACUCCAAUAUAUAGAGCUACCUGCUGAAGGUUUCAAAUAUUUAGAUAUAUAUGCUAACACAAAACAUACAGCUCAACUUAUACUGGAUAAACUCCUGCAAGACCUGUAUACAGAAUGGACAAGACUUGUGUCAUGGAAUACUAAAGUCAGCUCAAAGAAAUCAGUAGUUAAAAUUACUUUGAAAAUUGAAGAUACACCAUUUGUUAUCGAUGUGAUAAGAGCAUUGGAUAAAAAUAAAAAUUUGAAAGAAAAAGUUAGUGAGUUCUCUCAGUUCUUGUAUAAAGAAGUUCUACAGCCAAUCAUUUAUAACGACUGUAUAGUUUUCCCAGAAACUGAAGAGCUAUUGACAGUAACAAUAAAUUACAAGCAAAAUUAUAAGCCUCCUUAUGAUCAAGUUAUAGCCAACUUUAGGUUACUUUUCCAUCACUUGAGUUCCAAAUUGAAAUUUGAAUAUGAUAAGAAUUGUAGUAUUAUGAAGUUGAUUGGGAAUGAAAUUAGCGGACCGUUCAGUGAGCUGAUCAUGAAAGACUGUUUCAUAGACACAAUCCCAAAUAAUAUUAUAGAUCUACAAACAUGUGGUAAAAUUACUUCAGAGAUAGAAAAAUUUCAGCAUUUCCUUUUCAUUGUGAAGUUCUUUACAGAAGAUAUAUCUAUAUUAAAAUACAUAGAAGAUAUAGAUAUCUUAUUCUCAAAGAAAUCUAGUGAUCACUUCUUGAAGACAGCUAGAGACAUAAUGCUGAAAGACCUAAGUGUUUGUAUGUCUAUUGGUGUUGAGAAUAUUUCUGAUGAAGAAGAAUCAAGUGAUGAUUAUGGAAAGGCAGCUGAAGCCUUGAGAAUACUUGAAAAGACAAUACCAAAGAGUUUAUUCUACUUUCCGAGGUGUAUGAUAUCAAAAACAGCUCAAGAGCUUCUAGAUUUGAUUUAUGUCAUAAUGGAGCAAGCUGUGCAGUGUUCUGAUGUAGUUUGUAAGAAAUUAUAUCAGACCACCAGGUUAAUAUUUGAGCUCUAUGAUGCAGUGAUGCCAUAUCACCAUGAAAAAUACUUGCAGACUAUUCCUCAGUAUGUUGCAUUAUUCCACAACAACUGUAUGUAUCUUGCACACAAUAUGAUGACCUUUGGUGAUAAGUGGUUAACAUUGAUGGAGGGUCGAGACAUCGAUUAUCCCAUUGGCUUUGUUGAUUUGGUUCAGAAGUUACGGGAACUGGGUUACAAGCACCUUACAAUACAUCUGCAGCAGCAGAGGAAACAAAUCUUGGAUAACAUACGUUCUUCAGAUCUCAACUGCAUGGUGGUCAAAGAAGUGUUAGGCUCCAAUGCUGAGGCCGCUAUCCGCCAGUGCUUGCGGCAACUACAGCUUUUGAAAAAUGUGUGGAUAGGAGUGUUCCCUAUCAAUGUCUUCACAAGGUUGAUGGCAACCCUAGUCAACAUGUUCAUCGAGGAACUCAUUCACCGAGUGUGCACCGUCGAGGACAUCUCAAUGGAGAUGGCGACACAGCUGACCGAGAUAUAUACAUUAGUAGUGCAAAAGGCACCACAAUUGUUCCAGAGUUCAACAGAUAUAGAAACUCACGUCAAAUCCUGGAUAAAGCUGCAGGAGCUAAUCUUUGUCCUUGGAGGGUCUCUGAAGGAUAUCGACAACCACUGGAAGGAUGGUACCGGUCCCUUGGCGGUCCACUUCAGAACCGAAGAGUUACGGAAUCUAAUUAAGGCUCUCUUCCAGAAUACUCAGAUUCGAGCCAACUUGCUGUCUAAAAUAAAGUAAAAUGUAACUAUUGUGUUUAAAUAUAGGAUUUAAAGGGG